AUGGCAAGCAAGCACCAUCCACAUCUCGUGCGCCUGUUGGGCUAUUGUAUCGACUUCGACCUCUCCACCCGACUCAUAGAGCAGAUCCUCGUUUACGAGUUCAUGCCCAACAACGACCUUGAGAGCUGGAUUGGUCCUGGCGUGGCCCCGUUGGUGGACUCCGGUGCUGUAUUGGCGUUCAAGGACCCCUACUUGGACGCACCAGAUGACUUGGUGCUGCGCUGGGCUCGCCUUGCCCUCUCCUGCACCGCCAUGCCUGUGGCCUCCCGUCCCUCCAUGAAUGAAGUGCUGGGGGAGCUGGUGAAGUUGAAGCGGGAAGUGAUCGGAGCACAUGUGGGCGACGCAAUAUCUUGCAUCGACAUGGAAAUUGAGAGUUCCAUUGGCUCCUCCGGCUUUACUGCUGAAUUAGCCCGUGCGGAGCGAGAGGCCAUGCCAACUGGCUCUCUUGUUGAAUAG